UUCUGUUGCGAGGCAUAGACUGGCUUGCAAAGCUUUUCAGUAGAUGUGUUUUCACAAGAGCAUAUGUGUAUAUAAAUAGAUACAUACACUCAGAAAGUUCAUAUAUGUAUUUAUAGUCGUUCUGAAUAUGGAUGAUAAAUCAUUCACAAUACCGGCAACACCGGUGCAGCGCAAAGCUGCACCACCAGCCGAUAGCGCUGUUGGAACUUCAGUCAAGGAUCACACUAUCACUCAAUCUGCGCAAUCCGAUACAAAUACUAUACCGCAUACACUAUCCACGCCUUUGCCAGCACGGUUGCCAAGGCAACUGAGCGCAAACUCUUUGGCUCGGAAGGAUACGCCGUUUCCCACUGAUCUCUUAGAUAAGCUCAAGUCUGGGGGCGGCCGUGGAUUUGAAGCGAUGGGCAGUACUUCCGGCUCGCAUGUGGUCGAUAGAAGCAGCAACACUGGAAAGCAUGUGCCUUCUAUGGGACUACUGAGCGAUACGCCCCAGAAGGCGCAGAGAGAGACCGAGAUACAGGGACAUGAGCCCAGUCAGGGAGUAGAGGGCACACCAAAAGAAGGUGCCCGCCAUAUUAACUCAGCCCAGGUAGACCCCGGGGCAGACGCACAUGCAAGUACUUGUGGAGGCGUUGAGGUGGGUAAGAGGCGGUUUGAUGAUGUGGGUUUGGAACACGAUCCGCAGCAGACACCCAUGGCUAAGAAAUCAUCGAUGGGUCGACGAGACACUCCUGCGCCAUGGAAGCUACUGCAACAAAAGAUGGGAGCCAAUUCGGUGAUGGAAAGUGGUAAAGGGGAGGGUCUAGGUAAAGGCGUGAGUGGGAGUACGUCAAUGCCUAGUACACCCGCGAGUGCGGCGGAUGCGGAUGUGCAACAGGCUGCGAAGGCUAUGGUAAAGGGGUUCACUGCCCCAAAACCUGUUAACCGGACUGGCUUGAAUAGCGGUACAGCUGGGGCUAGUGUUAACGCUGCGCCACUAACCACGGCAUUUGGAUUAGAUGGGAAUACAAGUACCCCCAAAGCGCAUGCAAGUACGCCGCGGCCUAAACCCACUCACAGCAACACGCCCAGCGACUUCCCCACAGACACGCAGAUGAUACAGGCAAAGACCGCGGAAGGUUUCGCCGUGCCCGCACACACACCUCAGGCUAGUAGCACUGAUGUGCCUGCAUACACCCCUGUAAUGGGAAGUAGUAUGAAUACUGAUAGUUUUGUCCACACGAAGAAAGGAAAUUUGGAUGGUGAUGCUUUUACCGCCCCGCAACCAGUACAAAUUGCGAGUGCGAGUGCGAGUACGGAUGCGGGUUUGGAGAAGUCGAAAGCAAGUGACGAUGCUUCGUUCGCGGUACCUACCCCUGUCAGUUCGAGCGGGGGUGCAAAGAGUUGGACCGAUAGCACAGGAUUCGCCCUGCCACUCCCCAUGGCGAGUAACAAACCCAAUACGCCAACAGCCACACCUGCUCACACCACACCCGGAAGUACCAAUGCAGCAGGUACUCCCAGCUUAUCACAGACUACACCCACACCUACAAUUAUCUCAGCGCCUACACCCCACAACACCCCCGCGCAAGGACCAACGAACACGCACACAAAGACGGGAACAUCGCAGCAGACUCCACUGGAUGGCUUUGCAGUGCCCGCAUUACCGGUGGGCAAGUUAAAGGCCAAAACAAGCCCCGCAAGCACGAGUGCAGGUGCAAGUAAUGUAGAGAAUCAGGGCGCAGUUGGUGACAAGAAGAGUGAAGGGGGAUUCGCUGUGCCUGCACUACCUGUUAGAAAGGCUGUGGACACUCAUAAGGACGCACCACCACCUGAGAAGACUGUACAGGCCACUCCCACACCAGCACCAAGCCAGAGUGCCGGGAACGCUCAGAAGCCCUUUCCAUUCCCCUUCGACUAUAACUUGCCCUCGUGGGGUGAGAAUGUUCCGAACAUCCCGUAUCGCAUAGAGGUGCUCAAGAGUGGCGUCAUUGUGCAAUCAGACAAUAUCAGCGACGAGCCAUUCUAUGUGGUAGGCCGAGAUGCCCGCAACCACUUCCCCAUGGAACAUCCAUCGAUAUCACGGUUUCAUGCGAUCUUGCAACACAGGGCCGAGAACGACGGGGUAUACCUGUAUGAUUUGGGCAGCACUCACGGUACCAAGCUCAAUAAGAACCCCAUCCGCCCACGUGCUUUCCAUCGCGUGCGGAUAGGACACACCAUACAAUUCGGAGCGUCGUCUCGGUUAUUCAUGUUGGCUGGUCCAUCCGAGAUCGCGCAACAGCAGGAAGAAAUGACUGAGGAAUUACGGCAGCAACGGAUAGCUGAACAAAAAGAAAUGCUGCAGCAGAAGUUGAAAAAGGAACGAAAAGAGGCCGAGGCCUGCGAAGGCAUAUCAUGGGGACAGGCCGAGGAUGCAGAGGAAGACGACGAUGCUGAUCAGGCCGACAUGAUGCUCAGAGACGGGGUACUCGCCAAACAGCGGUUCGAUGCAGACCAGGCCCCGGCAAGUAGCAGUGAUAAGGAAAGGCGCUGGGAGAAAGACCCCAAGAAGACUCUGACCAAUUUUUUUGUCAACGAGUCUCUGGAUUACACUCCAGAUAUCACCAUGUUACCGAAAAACAAGGGUUUCCUAGUCAAGAUCGAGUUGCCCAUAGAGUCUGCGUCGGGUGACUUAGUUGUGGUGGAGGGACAAUGUGGCCGCAAACGGGACGCAGAACGACUGGCCUGCUACAAUGCCUGUCAGAUGUUGAGUGCACAUGGCCUGUUUUCCUCAUCUCGCAAGACUACAGCAACCGCAAUCAAGCGCAGAAAUUAUUCCGAUGACGAUUACUAUAGUUCAGAUGACGACGAAUUUCUGGAUCGAACUGGCGACGUUAAAAAAAGGAGGAAUAACAGAAUGAAGCGACUGGCCCCUGAUAAGCGGGCGGCCGGAGACAAGGAUGUGAAACCUGAAGUAGAGACCUUCGAUACUCUCAAGGAGAAGCUCACGAAGAUAUACCAAAGACGCAAGGUCUGCACACGCCUUCUGCGUGAGAAUAAAGAAGUCAAACAAAACAAACAGCCAGCGGAGGAUCUGGAUUUAGACGAAUAUAUGAACACAGUCACCGAGCCAGCGACAGUGUUAGACCGGAAAAAAAUAGGCAUGGAGUUAAAGCAGGGCAUGACGGAGGAGAAGCAUUACUUGCGCUUACUUAAAGUUGUAAAUCCGAGAUACAAUCCAGAGACUCUGAAAUAUAUACAAUCCCCGUAAACCGGGAGCUGAUCAUAAAUCUGUAAUCGUACUGUGCAGAGCAAACGUCGCAACUCUGUUUAGCUUAGUCGAAAAUACCCUUAAUCGAACUAUAAUAUUACAAUAAAGAUUCAAGCCCCUGCGUAUAUUAUCA